CACGGUUGCCUAGUAGUAUUUUAGCUGAGCUCACCCACGGAUAUGGACUCAGCCAUCGUCUUCAAACUCACAAGCUGCAAAAAAACAAAUUCCGAGCAACCAUUUUUGGCACCAGGCUCAGAUUAUCUCGAAACAAUUUUUCCUUUUUUUUCCUUUCAGAAAAGCCCUCAUCGAAUGUCGUCCAACAGAGGUCAACAAACGCUGGAUUCGUGGAUAUCAUCCAGACCAUCAAGACCUGUUGCUUCAUCAUCUCAAGCAUUUUCAUCAAGAGGAACUUCAUCAAAUCAGCACCCGUAUUCAUCCAGGAGUAGACGCGAUGAUCCAUACAGACGCGGUGUUGCGCUCGCAGCUAUAGCAAAGGAAACACGGACAGUCCUCCCUGGUAUCCUUUCUCAGUUGCCAAAUGUCGACGCCAGCAGAUCAGAGAAGCUUGAGAUCCACCAACUACCUCCGCUCACAGCUGCCGAGUGUCCUAGACGGACACCCUCAGGGAAAGCAACUAUUAGAAUUUCCAACGACGACAGUUUCAACGCAGCUAUACACCUUGCGGAUCUCAAAGGAUCCGCAUCAGGUCGCGUUGCGGUGCUGAACAUGGCAAGCCAUGUCAGCCCAGGUGGAGGAUGGUUGAAAGGCGCGCGUGCUCAAGAGGAAGCGUUAUGCUAUCGAAGCUCGCUGUAUCUUUCACUGCAUCGAAGAUAUUACCCAUGGAGGCAACGCAUGGGUGUCUACACCCCCGAUGUUGUCAUUAUCCGCUCCGAUCAAGAAACCGGACACCAGCUUCUCAUGCCCACCAUCCAAGCCCAGAACCUGCCCGUCGUAAGCGUUCUCAGCAUCGCAGCCCUACGCACACCACCCGUCAGGACCAUCACGUUAAACACGCCCAAAGGCCCUGUGGCCAGUACAACCUAUGCACAUCCUGCUGAUCGCGACCUUACCAAGCUCAAGAUGAGAUUGUGCCUGCGAAUGGCGGCACGACGAAACCAUGGGCUGCUUGUACUUGGUGCCUUGGGAUGCGGCGCGUUUAGGAACCCGCCGAAGGAGGUCGCUCGUUGUUGGCUGGAAGUGUUGAAGGAGCCCGAGUUUCAAGGCGGCUGGUGGGAAGAGAUUUGGUUUGCUGUGUACGAUCGGAGAGGUGAGGGUAAUUUGGAGAUUUUUGAGGAGGUACUCGGUGGUGUUGAGGUCUGAGAUGAGGAUAUGAGAUGAGUGAGAUCUGGGGAGCAUGAGCAUGUUUUCAGAAGCACUUAGCAUCGGUUUAGGCGCAAGUCAAACGUAGCUGUCUCUUUUUUUCUUCUAUCUGGAUGUUAUGCAUACCAAAUAUAUUUCUUCUGCAUCUCCAGCCCCCGAGGAAAGUUAUCAUCGCAAGGGACUGGCUGUAAUAUCAACACAAGCUUACAUUGAAAGGGGCGGAAUUAUUCUUCUUCCAAUUAACUAAUCUCAGAGUGCAAAUA